AGCGCCUCAUUCCAUGCAUAGCAAGGUAUUUACGUGAAAAAGUGCUUGCUUUUGGAAACAGAGAAGAAAUUCUAUGACUCUAUGACGAUGAUGCCGGAGAAGCGAAUGCAAAAUAGGACACAUCAGCAUCUCAGAACCAUUGCUGACACUCCGCCUGCGUUUGUUUACAUCAUGGCCGCUUAUGCCGAGAUGAGCAAUCUUAUCUCCGCUCUUUGGGACUAUAUAUAACGGUUCUGUAAGGUCAAUUCCAGAUGAAUAGUUCAUAACCCGACCUUGAAUGAUGUUAACCACAACCACACCCAAACUGAAAGUCCUCAUCUCGGGAGCCGGCAUAGCGGGACCAUGCUUUGCAUAUUGGCUUUCUAGAACCCGGCUUAAUACAUCAAUCAAGAUCAUCGAGCGGUCACCCAUUCCAAGAUCUACGGGGCAAGCAAUUGAGAUUCAUGGUGCAGCUAUUGAAAUUGCGAAAAAGAUGAAGCUAGAAGAUGCUAUUCGUGCGCGAUUUACGACUGAAAAGGGUACAAUGAUGUUAAACUCGGCAGGGAAGCCAUUCGCAACAUUUCCAGCCGGUGAUACUUUCACAUCCGACUACGAAAUUUUGAGGGCUGAUCUGUCUGAGCUCUUCCUGGAAGCUUCGAAAACUUUUGAUGGUGUUGAAUAUGUUUACGGUGAUUUUGUCGAAACUGUUCGACAAACAGAGACAGGUGUCGAUGUAACUUUCAAUGGCGGCUCAAAAGACACCUUCGACUUAAUUGUUGGUGCAGAUGGGUCCACAUCCAAGAUUCGAUCCAUGAUUUUGGACGAAGAAGUUCUCAAAAAUAGUUACAAAUUUAUUGGCCAAUACAUCGCCUUCUUUAGCAUCCCGAGCCAACCAAAUGAUUCUAAAUUUUGGGAGAUUUUCAGUGCACCAAAGGGUCUAUGUAUGAUGAUGCGACCACAUCGAAAUCCUUCUACCAAGGGCGUCUAUCUAUGUAUCACAAUGCCGAAACACGGAGUUGAAGAUCCAGUGGUGGAACAAGCAAUGAAGGAAGGACCUGGAGCCACGAAACUUAUGCUGCAUUCAUACUUUGAGAAUUGUGGUUGGGAGGCCAAGCAGAUAUUGGAGGGACUGGAUAAGUCAGAGGACUUCUACAUGGCCAAGGCGGCCCAAAUCAAGCUACCAAAAUGGACCAAAGGCCGUGCUGCAGUAAUUGGAGAUGCUGCAAUGGCAACUUUCGGCGUUGGAACCACUUUAGCGAUUGAAAGUGCUUAUAUACUGGCGGGAGAGUUAUCGAAGGUUCAGAAUAGUAAUGGCAUUCAAAAAUCCUUGCAACGAUACGAAGAGAUAUUUCGACCAAUCUAUAAGAAAAUGGAAGAUCUUCCGCCUGGAUUUCCACAAAUUGCCAUGCCUCAAACUAGAUUGGGUAUGAGGAUAAGAGAUUCCAUAAUCUGGUUUGUUGGAAAGACGAAAGCUCAUAAGCUUCUUCCAAAUGAUCAAGGAGGAUCCGAUCAUAGAUUGCCGGAGUAUGACUGGCUAGACAACUAAAACGGCAUAUUGGGUGGUAUUUGCGUUAAAAAGAGAUGAUUCUGCGCGUACUCUUUUAGCUUCUAGGUGAAGAAGUGUACUCUGGCUGAACAAUAGAUUAAGAUUAGAAUGACUACAGACCUCAAAACAAGAACAACUGAUUAACAAGUCAACCAACGGCUCUCUACUUAAAACUUUAGUAUAUGGGCCAUUUUCGGGUCUUGGUUCUUUCAUUUGAUAUCACUUCAGACAGGACACUGGAUGUGUAUUAAUAAAGACUCGUGACUCUGAAUAAUAGAAGAAUCGAGGCAGGUAAAGCCCAUAAGCCUUAAACCAAAGACCAGCAAAUCAUAUCUAUCAAGAUAAUCAACGGGAAGCAUUUCCGUUCGAUAAUAAGUCCGUCACUGAAUAUCUUCACCUAACACAUCUCCGCCAGCAUGUUAUUACCAGGACAACUUUGUUCCAAUUGCCAUGGUAGCGUGUUGAGUUUCUUCUGACAUUUUCUGUAUCUCUCCUGAGGUGGCAUUCUCUAACUUCCGAAUUUGUAUUCUCAAUUACAAA